AUGACGCGGCACCAGCCAGCAACCCAACCAACCAGCCAAGGCCCGCCAGCCAAUGACGCAACCAGCCAAGCAACAACAACAAUAACAACAACAGCCAACAGCGCCAGCACCAGCAACAAUAAAACCAGCAACAAUAAGCCAAAGCGCAAACGCCAGCACCAGCGCAAACGCCAGCGCCAGCAACAGCAAGCAGCAAGCACCAGCAACCAGCCAGCAACCGAGGCAACCAGCGCCAGGCGCGCCAGCCAGCAGGCAACCCAGCAGCGCCAGCCAGGCAAGCGAAGCACCAGCAAGCGGCGCGCAAGCAACCAGCACGCCAGCAACCAGCCAGCCAAGCAGCAAGCAGCAAGCGCAGCACCAGCAACCCAGCCAGCCAGCAACCAGCGCCAGCAGCGCCAACCAGCCAGCAAGCCGAGCAAGCAACGCAGCGCCAGCACCGGCAGCCAGGCAGCAGCGAAACCAGCGCAACCGGCGCAGCAACCAAGACCAGCACCAGCAACAAUAGCCGCAACCAACAAUAGCACCAGCAGCCAACCCAACCAGCGCACCAGCAACCAGCGCAAAGCCAGCAAACCAGCAACAGCAAGCAAACCCAGCAACCAACAGCGCACCAGCGCCAGCAACAAUGACACCAGCCAGCCAGCAACCAGCAACCAGCACCAGCAACGAGCCAACCAACCAGCGCCAGCGCCAGCCGACAGCAAGCCAGCAGCAGCGAGCAAGCAGCGCCAGCAACCAGCGCCAGCAAGCGCCAGCAACAGCACCAGCAACCAACCAGCAAAGCCAGCAAGCCAGCACCAGCACCAGCCAGCCAGCCAACCGACAGCAACCAGCGCCAGCACCAGCAACCAGCAAGCAACCAACCAGCACCAGCGCCAGCCAAUGACGCAGCGCCAGCGCCAGCAAAACAGCACCAGCGCCCAGCGCCAGCCAACAGACGCCAGCACCCAGCACCAGCAGCCAAUGACAACAGCACCAGCACCAGCACCAGCGACCAGCCAACAGCAAGCAAGCACCAGCAACAGCAACAGCCCAGCAACAGCAAGCGGCAGCAACCCAACAGCACCAGCAGCGCAGCAACAACGAGCAACCAGCAACAGCGCCAGCACCAGCACCAGCAACAACCAGCGCCAACCAGCACCAGCAACCAGCGCCAGCAAACAGCAACAGCAACCAGCACCAGCACCAGCAACAACCAGCACCAGCAACAGCGCAAGCACGCCAGCGCCAGCGCAGGCACAACCAGCAGCAACGGCAAAGCACCAGCACCAGCACCAGCACCAACCAGCACCAACCAGCAACCAGCACCAAGCAACAGCGAGCCAACCAGCCAAGCAACCAGCAACCAGCAAGCAAACAGCACCAGCAACCAAGCACCGGCAACCAGCAACCAGGCCAACCAGCACCAGCAACCAAGCAAACAGCAAGCACCAACAACAACAACCAGCGCAGCAACAACCAGCAACGCCAACCAGCAACAGCAAACCAGCAACCAAACCAAGCACCAACCACACCAGCAACGCCAGCAGCACCAGCCAGCACCAGCGCACCGAAAGCAGCAGCAACCAGCAAAACCGACGCACCAGCAACCAGCACGCCAGCAAGCAACCAGCGCCAGCAAGCAACAACCAGCACCAGCAACCAACACGGCAGCACCAGCACCAGCACCAGCGACCAAUAGCCACCAGCGCGCCAGCCAGCAGCAACAGCACCAGCACCAGCCAGCAACCGCAACCAGCAACAGCAACCAGCAGCAACAGCAAGCAAGCACCAGCACCAGCAGCAAGCACCAGCAACAACCCAGCACCAGCAACAGCGCCGAACGCCAGCGCCAGCAACCCAGCAACAAGCACGCCAGCCAGCAGCAACCAGCAAAGCAACCAGCAACAGCACCAGCGCAAGCAACAAGCAAGCCGCCAGCAAACAGCAGCCAGCACCAGCAACCAGCCAGCAAAACCCAAAGCGCCAGCGCCAGCAACCAAGCAACCAACCAACCAGCAGCAACAACAGCACCAGCGCCGGCAACCAGCACCAAGCAAGCAACAACGAGCACCAGCACCAGCAAGCAACAGCACGCCAGCAACAGCACCGAAGCAACCAGCACCAGCACCAGCAAGCAAGCCAGCAGCACCAGCAACCCAGCAGCAACCAGCAAGCAAAACAACAGCGAAGCAACAACCGCCAGCAGCAACCAACAACAGCACCAGCAGCAACCAACGCCAGCAGCACCAACGCCAGCACCAGCAACCAGCAACCAGCAACCGCCAGCAACAGCAGCAACAGCACCAACAGCAACAACCAGCACCAGCCAAGCAACAACCAGCAACACCAGCCCCACCAGCGCAGCCAACCAGCACCAGCAGCACCAGCAAGCAACCGCCAGCAAGCACCAGCAACAACACAACCAAGCACCAGCACCAGCAACAACAGCACCAGCACCAGCACCAGCACGCCAGCAACGCCAGCACCAGCGCCAGCAGCAACCAGCAAGCAAGCAACACCAGCAAACAACAGCACCAGCACCAGCAACAGCAAACAACCAACGCCAACCACCAACAACACCAACAACAACAGCAAGCACCGAGCGCCAGCAAACAACCAGCGCAACCCAACCAGCACCAGCAACCAGCGCCAGCGCCAGCACCAGCCCAAGACAACCAGCAAGACAAGCAACAAGCAACCAAGCGCAACCAGCAGCAAGCAACCAGCCGCCAGCAACCAGCAACGCCAGCAAGCGCAAGCAAGCACGCCAAGCACCAGCACCAGCAACCAGCAGCAGCAAGCAACAGCAACAACGAGCACCAGCAAGCAAGCAACCAGCGCCAGCACCAGCAAGCAACAACCAGCACCAGCACCAGCACACCAGCACCAGCAACAACGCAACCAGCAAACCAGCACCAGCAAGACAAGCGAAAACCAGCGCCAGCAACCAGCGCCAACCGACCAACCAGCGCCAGCAAACAGCGCCAGCAGCGCCAGCAGCAAACCAGCGCCAGCAGCCAGCGCAAAACCAGCAACAGCAAACCAACCAGCGCAGCGCCAGCCACCAGCAAGCAAGCAAACAGCACCAACCAGCAAGCACCAACCAACCAGCACCAGCAACCGCCAGCGCAAAGCACCAAGCGCCAGCAACAGCAACAGCAGCACCAGCAACCAGCACCAGCACGCAGCAGCAACCAGCAAGCAACCAAACAUUCACUCAGCGGAGGUACUGUAGGUGCUUCAGGCGAGGGUAUCAGUGCUUCAGGCGAGGGUAUCAGUGCUUCAGGCCAGGGUAUCAGUGCUUCAGGCGACGGUAUCAGUGCUUCAGGCCAGGGUAUCAGUGCUUCAGGCCAGGGUAUCAGUGCUUCAGGCGAGGGUAUCAGUGCUUCAGGCGAGGGUAUCAGUGCUUCAGGCGAGGGUAUCAGUGCUUCAGGCGAGGGUAUUAGUGCUUCAGGCCAGGGUAUCAGUGCUUCAGGCGAGGGUAUCAGUGCUUCAGGCGAGGGUAUCAGUGCUUCAGGAGAGUGCAUCAUUGCUUCAGAUGAGGCCGUGUGGGAGAAAACUAAGGCGAGAAUUGACAUAGGAGCUGAAAUCGCAUAUUACCCAAGGACCAAACAACAUCACAUUAACUGGAAUGAUCGUGGGAAUGACUCCAGGAAAGUCCUCAGUUACCCAGUUGGGGUCUGGUCAGUCCUCAGUUACCACAGUUGGGGUCUGGUCGUCCUCAGUUACCGAUUGGGGUCUGGUCAGUCCUCAGUUACCACAGUUGGGGUCUGUUGGGGUCUGGUCAGUCCUCAGUUGCAGUUGGUCUGGUCAGUCUCAGUUACCGGUGGAUCUGGUCGGUCCUCAGUUACCUGGUGGGAUCUUCAGCCUCAGUUACCGCAGUUGGUCUGGUCAGUCCUCAGUUACCGCAGUUGGGAUCUGGUCAGUCCUAGUUACACGCAGUUGGAUCUGGUCAGCCCUCAGUUACCGCAGUUGGGGUCUGGUCAGCCCUCAGUUACCGCAGUUGGGGUCUGGUCGUCCUCGAACCGCAGUUGGGAUCUGGUCAGUCCUCAGUUACCACAGUUGGGGUCUGGUCAGUUCUCAGUUACUGCAGUUGGGGUCUGGUCAGUCCUCAGUUACCAGUUGGGAUCUGGUCAGUCCUCCAGUACCGCAGUUGGGAUCGUGUGGGGAUAA